UACCAGACUCUCUCUCUCUGUAAACCUCACUUUUAUUACUCUCUCUCUCUCUCUGCUAUUUCUCUCGAUCUCAUCUCUCUGAACUAUUGCCCACGAUCUCAUCUCUCUGAACUAUUGCCGACGAUCUUAUCCUUCUUUCUCUCUCUCUCUCCCUCUCCGUAAAUCAUCUAGGUCGAUCUCAUCUUCUUGACAUCUAUAAGAAGUACAAUAAAAGCUAAACUAUUAAUUAGAGAAGGGGAAACUUUUCGGUUGUUUGUUCUGGAUUUUAAACUGGUCAAUUUUUGCGCUAUGGGAUUUUGGUUAUUAGGAUCAACCAAAUUACAGUGACAUCCGAUCCUUGCUUCUGUUAAAAAGAAAUAUAUAUGGGGAGGAAAAGGCACCAAUUUUUGUACUUCGAGAUAAACUGAGAUUGACAAAUUGAGACUGUUCGAUAUUGAGGAAAAGUAAAAUGGAUGAAAUUAUUGCUUGGCGAUAUCAUGGAUGCUUCCCUGUAAUUAUUUAGCAGCAUUGUCUAAUUUCAUUGAAUGAUUUAUGGAGAAUCAAGAAUUAUAUGAUUUUGUUUCACAGCCACUGACAGACUCUUGGUAUGCGGUACGGUUAUAUGAAUUGAUGAUUUCUGAAACCAGAGACAUAGGUUUUGGUCUAGAUUUAUAAAUUCUCACUUACCAUCGGCCUCUAACACAUGGACAUGUGUGGUUAGGUGUUUCUUUUUGAGACACCAAGGGCAUAAUACUAUAAGAUGCUUUAAAAACUUAGACAUUUCUUCUAUUGGCACCUCUAACCCUCAUUCCCCCACUUUUAAAUGGUGUGUAUUUUUUCUAUUGCCACCUGAACCCUCAUUCUUGCACUUUUAAAUGGUGUGUGGAUGAUGCCUGGAAGGCCAAUUUUUAAGUUGGCCUUUUUGACUCAUCUGUGUUAGAAAGGUGUAUGUAUCUUUAUAGCAUAGUUUGACCAACUUUAGAAACUAUUGCAUGUACCUGAGAAUGGUAAUUGAGCCCAUACAACACAGAAUGUCGGUGAAAAAUGGUGUUCUUAAUGAUAUCCAUGGCGAAUAUCAAGUUCUCAGAUAACAACAUACUCAAUUUUUUUUUUGUGAAAAAUGGUGUUCUUAAUGAUAUCCAUGGCGAAUAUCAAGUUCUCAGAUAACAACAUCCUCCUUUUUUUUUUUUUGUCAUAUCUUCUGAUAUGGGGUUAGUUUGGACUAGUGAAUUUUGAUGGGGCAAUCAACUAUGACGUUUCUCUCAUGUUUCUUGUUUCAUAUCUUCUAGUGUGGGGUUAGUUGGGUCAAUUGAAUUUUGAUGGGGCAAUCGACUAUGAGGUUUCUCAUGUUUCUUGUUUCAUAUAUUCUGAUAUGGUGUUAGUUGGGUCAAUUGAAUUUUGAUGGGGCAAUCAACUAUGGGGUUUCUCUAUUUUCUUGUUUCAUAUCGUUUGAUAUGGUAUUAGUUGGGUAUACUGAAUUUUAAUUGGCAUUCAACAAUGGGGCAGGAGAUGGAGAUGGCCAUCUUAGCCUUAGCUUAUAGAACUCCCUCUGUUGCUUAUUUCUAUAAUCCUUUGGUAUUUAAGUUUUAUGAGGGAGCAAGGGGAAUGAUUGGUUGCUGUCUGCUAUUUUCUAGAAAUAUGACCAUCUUGGAAGUGGAGAAGAGUAGUGUUGUUACAAAGGUGUUACAUGAAGGUUUUCUAGAACAAGGCUAACAUAAGAAGGCUUGAUUUGCAGUGUUAUAGCUGUUACAAUGGCUAGCAACCACUAUGCUCUAACAGUAGUGAAUUUUCUGGCCAAGGGUGGAGCGAAGAGUAGGAGCCUUCAUAAAAAUGUUGAGUUCCCAUUUUGCCAUUGAGUUUACCUUUUGGACUGGGUUGGGAGAAGCGAGAGCCUGUUCGUCAUGAGCAGUGAACUAUGUUUGACUUUGGAAACCUAAUCCCUGAAAUCGAAUUUUCUAUCCCAAACCCUAAGUAUUUGAAGCGAUAACCAUGGAUUCAAUGGUUUCAUCAGUCCUAGAAGAGAUAUGUAUCCAAGGCACUGCUGGGUGCCCCUUAGCGAAUUUAUGGACUACUCUCCAGCCUUAUCUCUCUAGGGUAGGUCUGCAUCUAUGUGAUGGAGUAAAGCAAGUGAUAUGGAAAGGUGUUCUCAAUAUUCCCGGGCUUGUGUUCAAGGCUAAUGGCCAGUCUUUCAGUUCGAAUGAUCCUUCCAUUCAGCAAGUUCAGGAAUCUGAGAAUCUUGGGUUGAGCAUUGUGGCACCAGAGCAUCUUAGAGAUUGUUGUUUGGGGCUCUAUGAUUAUAAGGCAUCGGAUGCUGGCCUUUCUUCGCGUCAGAGAUUUAUUCUCGAGAGACUUGCCAAGGCCAGAACUAGUGGAAUAACACAGAGUGAGCUCUCUAAAGAACUUCACAAGAAUGGAAGUCAAAUCUUUUAUGAUGUAAAGAGUCUUGAAUGCCGAGGGUUGUUAGUGAGGCAGUCAACGGUUGUGAGAACUAAGGAUACUGGUAUGGAGGAGGAAAACAAUCUGAAGGCUAGCGCUGUUGUCAAUACCAACUUGAUACAUCUAUCUCGUUAUUCUAAGCAUUUGAAUUUGAGCUCCCAACAAAAAGUUGAGAUUAUGAGGCCAGAUCCUUCAGAAGGUCUUCAAAACACAGAUGGAUGUAGUUUGACUGGAAUAGUUGUUGAAGGAGGUGUCAAAGGCGAUGUGCUCAUAAAGGAUUAUUUACCUGCAAUGAGAGCUGUUUGCGAUUUACUUGAAGAAGCGAGUAAUAAUGUCCUUGUUGUCUCAGAUCUAAAAAGGGCUCUUGGUUACCGCAUGACUUCAAAAGGGCAUAGAACAUGGCGUAAAAUAUUUAAAAUGCUGAAAAGCGCUCAACUCGUGGAGGAUUUCCGUGCAGAAAUUGAUGGCAAGGUGGUUCAUUGCAUACGAUUAGCAAAGAAGUUUAAACCUAGUGCUCUUCAGCCAAAUCCGACGCAUUCUAUAGGUGAUGAUUCUGAUGUCAACCUUCCAUCAAAGCGUCAUAUUUCGGAACAACUUGUAGAGCUUCCUAUUGAUAAUCAAAUGUAUGAUAUGAUUGAUGCGGAAGGAUCAACGGGAUUGGUUGUUACAGAGAUGUGGAAACGACUUGGGCUUAACAAUAAGAAGAAUCUCUAUCGCCGUGUUAGUAUGUGUAGGUUUGGAGUGCAGUUUCAGGAUGAAAGUCAUAAAAGGUCAAUGCAAUAUCGAGCUUGGACAUCAAGACACUUGAAACCUGGUUCUGAUGGUCCUGUUAAUGACAAAGCUAUUGAUGAAGGAAAUGACCAUUUGGGUGCUAGGUAUUCUCAGAUGGAGCUUGUUCUCCAUGAGCAAGCAUCUCCCAGGAUCUCAAUGCCGUAUCCCAACCCAAGCGAUGAAUGCACAACUCAUAACAUGUCUAUAGUGAAAACAGAAAAUGUUGAAUUUCAUGAUGUACAUGAGAAUUCGGGCGGUUGUGAAGGUGGUCAGAUAAGCCAUGAGAUAAGAGAUGCUCAUAUUAGAGAUGAUGAUGUCGUGAGGCAGUUAGUUAGAUCAAAUCAGGCAUCAAAAACUGCAUCUUGUAUUUCUUCAAAAUCAGCAGAGCGUCGACCUGAUCAGAGAUAUCCACGCCUUGCAUUCAGGGCAGAUGCAAGUGCUCAAAGGGAACAGAGGAUACUGGAAAGAUUAAAGGUUGAAAAAUUUAUUCCGACAGCUGAACUUCACAAGUGGCUUGGGGGUCUUGAAAAGGAGGAGAAAAGCACAACAAUGGCCAGGAAGACUCUAACUCGUUCUUUGAAAAAGCUUCAGGAAAAGGGGCAGUGCAAAUGUAUAACUGUUGCCAUACCUGUGGUAACUAACUGUAAACGUAGUCGUACAACUGAAGUUGUAUUGCAUCCUUCCAUUGAUUUAUCACAACCUGGACUUAUGGGUCAAAUUCAUGAUAGGGUAAGGGAAUUUGAAAUGCAAAGUCGUUGUCAAGGAUUGCAACGACUGAAGAGUGAUGAACCGGUCCCAUUGUUAAGUGGGGUUAAGAGGACAAAGCCCGUGGCUGUUGAUAGUCAAGCUGUUAGGGUGGAAGCUAUGCGUGUGAACGGAUUUGUUCCUGGAAAGAUGUUUCGUGCAAAAUUGUUGCAUAACUUUUUAUGGGACUAUGUAAGUAGCUUACCAGAUUGGAAUGAUGCUUUGUACUCUUGCAAGAACGACCACAAAGAUCCUAAAAGCACUUGCAAAUUGUUUGAAUUGGAUGUUUCUGUCAGAGCAAUGCCUAUUGAGUUGUUUCUACAAGUCAUAGGGUCUGUUGAGAAAUUCGAAGAUCUGAUUGAGAGUUGCAGGCAUAGGUUGUGCCUCUCUGACCUUCCUGAGAAGGAGUACAAGAGUCUCAUGAAUUCUCAAGCGACUGGGCGCCUUUCAAGGCUUAUUGAUAUUUUACGCAGGUUGAAGCUGCUUCAACUUGUGAACCAAGAACAUAAAGGCGAGCUUGUAAAAAUGGUUCCAUAUACUAUUCUUACCCAUGCCUUCGAGCUGAGACCUUACAUUGAAGAGCCUUUAGCAAGAGCUGAACCAUCCUUGGGGGUCAAUUUGUAUGUGCAAACAAGACAAGUCCGACAUGAUUUUAUCCUCUCAAACAGAGAUGCUGUUGAUGCAUAUUGGAAAACUUUAGAGUACUGUUACUCUGCAGCAGAUCCAAUAGAAGCAGCGAAAGUUUUUCCUGGCUCUGCUGUUCCUGAGGUGCUUCGGGUAUCUUAUGAUAGGAAUAGGAAAGUCCGUCUCCAACCACUUCUGCAUGAUUCCAGGAAAUCUGCAAAACGAAAGGUGUCCCAUUUGAUGAAAAGCGAUAUUGGCAUUCAUGCCUCUAAAAAGAAGAAAACCUCUGAGAAUACUAUGUCUAGAUUGCCGUUGGUUCUUCCCAAUUUAGCAUCAAAUGACUCAGCACCAUCUGAAAAAGAUGCAGAGAACCAAACAAUUCAAAACUUCAGUCAUGCUUUUCCACAUGAUCAUGAUGAAUACAGGAUUGAUAAUUCUAUCAAUGAAGAUGAGGAUAUGGGUACUUUUAUCAAUCAGUUUACCCAUUCAAAGCUGAAAUCAUCACGCAAAAAGAAAUUUCAAUGGUCAGAUGGAUCAGAUAGGCGCUUGGUGAUCCAGUAUGCAAGGUACCGUGUGGCUUUGGGUGCAAAAUUUAAUCGUGUUGACUGGACAACUAUACCUGAUUUACCUGCACCCCCAGACACUUGCAGAAGAAGAAUGGCGAUCUUAAGACAAAGCGGUUCAGUGAGAAGAGCUCUUAUGAGUCUUUGUAAUCUGCUUGCUGAUCGAUAUGUCAAGCAGCUUAAUGAGACUUCGGCAAGGGAAGUCACGGAUGGUGCUGCUACUGAAUUAGCCAUUCAUGAGUCAAAUAUUCAUGAAUUUCAUUGGGAUGAUUUUGAUGAACCAAGUGUUAAGUUGGCUGUGGAGGAAGUGAUCAGGAGUAAAAAAAUGAAGUUGGAUGCUACUAAAAGAAUUGGGCCCAAAAGCAGAGGAGAUGUGGGUUAUCUUCAAAAGAACGGAGAUUCAGAGGCCCAAGAAGACAAAAGUAGCCAGUCUCGUGAGGUAGAAAGAUGCUCUUCCAUAGAUUUGGCAAACAACUCUCUAAGCUCACAGGAUCCCAAGGUCAACCUUGAGUUGGCUUCAUCUUCCUAUUCUAGAGAUCAGGUCCAGAAAUCUUCUGAGAUAUCACUUUCCAAUUCCCAAAUGGUUACAAAAGUUGGCCCAAAUAGCAGUCCUUAUCUAAAGUUUUUGCACAAACAAGAGAUUCCAGCCAAAAAGUCAGAAUGUGUAUCGUUGGCAGUUGCCAAUGCUGUGGAGCUCAUAAAGCUAGUCUUCUUGAAUUCCUCAGCCACAACUGAGGUUCCUAAUUUGCUAGUGGAUUCAUUACGGCGCUUCAACGAAAAAGAUAUUUUUGCUGCCUUCAAUUACCUCAAAGCACAGAAGUUUGUGGUCCCUGGCCGUGGCAUUCGACCGUUUGUGCUCUCUCCGAAGUUCUUCCAAGAUGCCUCUUCUUCUCCCUUUCCAGUCAGUACGGGACAAAGGUCAGCCAAAUUUGCAUCCUGGGUUAGUGAGAGAAAAGAAGAUCUUUUGCAGGAAGGGGUUAAUCUCCCUUCUGAUAUGCAUUGUGGUGAGGUUUUCCACCUUUGUGCCCUUGUUUCCUCUGGGGAAUUCUUCAUUUUCCCAAAACUGCCGAACAAAGGUGUAGGAGAUGCUGAAGGGAUGCGUGCUUUGAAAAGAAAAUCAAAAGGGGAAACACCAUCUGAUAGCGGAAGGUUUAAGAAGCUCAAACUUGCAUCCAAAAAGCUAGGUGAACUUCGCCGAGAGAAAGGAUUUCCUGGCAUUAAGGUAGUCCUGAACAGUGUGAUGAUUCCAGCUGUGGAAUCUCUAGAAUUUUGUCUGGACAGUGCGAAACAGGAGAGUUCUUCCAUGCACGUCGAGAACGAGCAAUCCUUUUCAGGGUCUUGUUUUAGAUCUGGUGCUUUUACUGAAGAGCUUCCUUCUAAUGAGCCAUUAUGGGACUCAAUGGCCAAAUGUGCCAAACUGUUAUCUUCACUGGUUUCUUCUCAACCUGAAUGUGGUCCCAUGGAUCCUAAAACAUUUGAAACCGUUUAUUUUUCCAUUCAUAAAGCUGGUGAGGAUGGAUUGGAUUUGGGAGAAGUUGAUCAGCUUAUAAGUGAUGGUGGCACAAAGAUAACUCAGGUGAUCUUGGAUGUGCUACAAGUACACAGGCUAGUUGUAAAGGUUAAUGCUUUUGAUCACAUUCGAGUGCUUGCUUCAAGUUUUGGUGCUAAGUAUUCUCUCCACCCCAUAUCUCCUAAUAUUCCAAACACCAUAUCUGUUCCCAACUCCAAUCCCAUGACCAUGGAUGGACAAAGCUCUGAGACAACCUCUAAAGAGAACGUUGACAGGCCUCAUGUUUCAAAUCAGAACAUCUAUUUGAAUCUCUCUGAUGGACGUACAGUUAUCGUCUUGGAUGAACUUGAACCAGAUGUUGAAACCUCCACUGAACCUAAUCAAACUGAUGGAGCUGAUAAUGCAUUGGCUUCUUCAAAUGGGUUUUGGCCAAUAUUGCCGUGGCUAAAUGGGGAUGGAGGCACUGACUCUGUCAUGUAUAAGUCUUUGAUGAGGCGGGUUGUUGGUAUUGUAAUGCAAAAUCCGGGCAUCUUAGAGGAUGAUAUCGUCCGAAGAUUUAGCAUAUUGAAUCCGCAGAAUUGCAGGAAACUGUUGGAGCUGCUCAUUGUGGAGGACCAUCUGAGAGUGAGAGAGAUGUACGAGACCUUGUCCGGCUCUCCCCCAAGCAUUCUUGGGGCCCCCCUCAAGCCUCUGGCAGUAUUUCAAAGACAUUAUUUUGCAAAUCCGAAGAGUACACAUGUUCUAUGACUGGGAAUCCAUUAAGUUCCAAUUUUUACGGGCAAAAAGCAUCAGUGAAGUGGUUUCCUUUAAGUUAAAACUAACUUGUGAAAGCUGAAAGCUACAACAGUACAAAUGACGUUUCCUUUAAGUUAAAACUAACUUGUGAAAGCUGAAAGCUACAACAGUACAAAUGACGUAUUGAGAAAAAUCCGUUUUUAUUUAAAAUUAGUUAUAUGUACAAUUAUCUAUUUGAAAUUCAGCUAUAUGUACAGUGGGUAAACACCCGU